AGCAAUCUUGAACACUACCAGCAAAAAUAUUCCGCCGGAAGCCGAAGUUCUGCUAAGCCUGAGUCCAAGCUUUUCACUACCCCUCAGAAGUUUCGAUCGUCAUCCACUGUAUCACCUGAUUGCCGAAACCGAAACUAUCCUCAAAACUGCACCUGACAAAACCACCCAGGAACGGACCCGAUGCAACAUCACCAAUGUCAUACAGAAUUAUGUCAACAAGAAACACAGCGAUAGAACCAGCGACGCGCAAACGAAGUUCCUAACACAAGCAUGCACCACAACAACGAAGUUUCUCAAGUCGAAUCCGGAUAUAUCCGUUUUGCCCGCCGACAAAGGUAUCAAGACGGUCAUUAUGUGGACCGACGAUUACGAACAGAAGAUGCAAGAACUCCUCAACGAUGAUAAAACGUAUCGCCGUAUUAGAAGUGAUCCCACAAACCGAUAUCAAAUUGCCAACAACAACAUCGUCCAACGUCUUCUGAAUCUGAAGCUGAUCGACUACCGCACCGCCGCCACCCUGAAAACCACCACCGCCACCACCCCACGGAUAUACGGACUCCCAAAAGCACAUAAACCAAGCCUCCCCCUGCGACCCGUGGUCCCUGGUAUGACCAGUCCCAGCUACGAACUGUCCAAGUAUGUAUGUAGAAUACUACAAGCCUCGUUGGACAACAAAUAUAACAUCAGAGACUCAUAUAGUUUCUGCCAAUACAUCAACACCAUAACGAUCCCUUCUGGAUACGUAAUGGUGUCGUUUGAUGUUGUAUCGUUGUUUACCAACAUCCCAAAACAGUUGGUAAUACACGAUAUAAUACAAAUCUGGGAUACCAUCAAACCAAACACGGAGAUCAAUCUCGAUCUUUUCCUGGAAAUUGUAUCCUUCUGUAUGGACACGAGCUACUUCGUAUUCCGGAACCAAUUCUACGAACAGAUCGAAGGAACUGCCAUGGGUAAUCCACUAUCCCCAGUACUUGCUGAUCUGGUCAUGGGGAUCCUACUUGAUACAGUAACCAGUAAGACUGACAUUGUCUUCACUGUGUUGCGUAAAUACGUGGAUGAUCUGAUGCUUGUCAUACCAGCGGAUAGAUUACAGCAGGUUCUAGACAUCUUCAACUCAUACCACCCGAGUAUCCAAUUCACAUUUGAAGUGGAAACAGACGGUAGGCUCCCAUACUUAGACAUGACUCUAGUUCGGCAAGAAGAUGACACCAUUCGAACCGAGUGGUAUAUGAAAGCCAUCGCAUCGGGUCGUUUGUUGAAUUUCUCAUCUCUCCAUCCUCUCACCCAAAAAAUCAACACCAUCAAAAAUGUCAUCGAUCGGGUAAACCGAUUAUCCACCAACUGGGAUGAAGAGAAAAAGCGAGAAGUCAUCGCUCAAAUUCUGCAAACCAACGACUACCCCCGAAACCUCAUCAAUCGCUUUCUGAACCGAACACACUGGACAUCUACACACGCCAUUACAGCCGACGAUCACACGACCGAAGAACACACGAUUGGGCCGCCUCAAGCUAAAAUAUACCGAUCUCUCCCCUACAUCCCGUCACUUACACCAAAAAUCAUCCAGAUACUACGACACGACUAUCCCUCCGUAAUAAUAUGCCCACGGAGCGUGCACACGAUAAGGGAUCUCUACACACGCAUUAAGGACCCGAUACCCAUGGAUCAUCACCAUAACGUGGUGUAUCGAAUACAGUGCGGAAACUGCGACAAAUGCUACAUCGGUAUGACCGGCAACCUACUGAAGAAGAGAUUGUCGGGUCAUCGGAGCAAUCUCAACCAACUGGAGAACCUAUUAGAGUCAGGCCAUACAUAUGCAGAUGAACCAGUGAGAGCACUCAGAGAAAAAACAGCUCUCUUGGCCCACUGCAUCGACCACGACCAUAGGUUCAUCUACGAGACAACACGAAUAGUCGAUCGGACGUACAAGAGAAACAUUCUCCCGAUUCUAGAGAUGAUACACAUAAGCAACGACAACGAUUCCAUCAACAAACGAACAGAUACAGAUAGACUUAGCAGUACGCUCUCUGGACUAAUACACAGAAUUAACACAGUCAUGACAAAAAACACUAAUGGACAAAAUAACAGAAACACCAACCACCCAUCCGACCCCACCUAAACCAUAACACAGAUCAGUUACCAAACAGUCUACCGAAGCAGUGAGUGAACUUGAACUUCAACGUGAUGCGACGAACAAAAAUAGGACAAUUUUAUGUAGAAAUUAAACAGACAAUGACAAAAAACAGAACUCUAGUAAGUAAAUGACACACAAAUAGAAAUGUAAAAUUAAACUUAUUGUAUAAACCAUUUUAGUGAUCCCAAGAAGAAGGCAAAAUACAUUGCGCCGAAACGUCGGAAAAUAGAUAACCUCUGUUUCCUUUUGAUUUGAGGGACUGCAAGCCAAACCAUAUU